AAUCGUGUUAUUUGAACUCAGAAGAACUGUUGCCUGAUGAAAAGAAAGAGCCGAACCCCAGCGGAGAAACACCAUGAGUCUUGUGGUGUCUGGCUGGAUGCAUCAGCACUCAAAAGAUGCAAAUUACAGAACCUAAUAGGCAAGCCAACGUUAAGAAUACUGAACCGGCUCCCUUCUUAUUCUUCUCCUUCAAAAGCACCUCUGCCAUGCACUAAACAGACAACUAUUUCUACCUUCUUCAGAGCUCAACAAACAGGGAAGAAGGAAAUCAACACAAAUGGACAAUUGCUUGCUGAUGCUUCUCAUCUGGAAGACCAUGAAUGGCCAGCUGGGGAACCAACUCUAUUGCCAGCUUCUCUGAUUCAAGCAGUAGUCAUGCAAGAAUGCAAACAACAAACUGUAGAGAAACCACAACAUAUUUCCCCUUGGAAUCUUGCUCCUAAUGAAGCUCAGAGUAACAGUCGUGUAGUCAGUUAUACGAAAGGAAGAGAAUGUGCUGCACAAAGGGGGGACCCUCUCUCCUUCAACUGUAGUCAGCACCAAGAAGAGAAAGGGCUUUUUGAGGAGGAAACCUUGCCUAAGUCGCCUUUAAGAGAGAAAAAUGGUGGCUGGAAAAAAAUGAAACCAAACACUUCAGCUUCUCAGAGCAGCGCGAAUCCGAGGGCAGUUUCAUACAAAGGUACUAAGGAUUGGAGAAGAUAUAACCCAACGUCCUUCUGUAACAACACCUCCUUCAUGGAAUCCACUGACUCUGAGAAUAUAGAUCCUCAGCUGAAGAAAGGUAUAAUCGGCAUCAGGCCUAUGAAAAAGGUCAGAAAGACUCCACUUGGAUUCAGUUUGGAAACUAAUGAUGAAAUUUCUGAUUCUGAUAAGUAUGAGAACAGUGAAGAUGCGACGAGCCCUUUGUUCACUCAAGACUCAGAUGGCCACAAAGUCAUUUCUCACCGCUGUUUUCAUGAACCAUCUCAGCUGUCUUUCCAGAGGAAGUUUCAACAGGGCAAAAGCAGCUCAGGAGGAAGCCAAUCCCAUAAGGAUGGCUUUGGGACUUGUUAUUCAGUGGAGAGAAGGCCCCACAUCUCUGUUCUAGCAGACAUUAGCCAGAAACCAUGUUACGACUUGCUCUUCACAGAGGAUUCAGAAGGCAAUAAAGUAAUCAAACACUAAUUCAUAAUCUCUGUGGGAAUACAUUCCCUCAGUACUUACAAAGCAAACCGAUAACAGAAAGGCUUAAAGCUGCAGUGCAUUUAUGUCAGCUACAGCUGUAAGUUCAAGCCAUUCUGCUUUAUGGUUGUCCAGCGGAGGAAGUACAGAAAGUACUACACUCGUGGCCCAGAAGACUCAUUCUCCUGCUGAGGAAAAUGCAGCUGUAUCCAUUAGUAUAAAUACGUAAUACACUUGUGUGAUGUGUUUGUAAUAAAAACUGUAUUACUAUUUCUUAAA